GCGCGAGGGGCCUUUGUAUUUGUCCUCGGACGGCGGCGGGCGAGGGUCAUUCCGCUUUUGAAGGCCGAGGCGUCGUCUCGAUGGACUCCUCCGCCGGGCUCCCUCCGGCCAGGGCUUCCCACCGCCGGCGCCUCCUCCUGAGCGACCAGCCCGGCCUCCGGAGCUCCCCCGACCUCCCUAGGAAGGGCCCGCCCGCAGGAAGCUCAGUUGAAAGCUGCUUGCAAACGUUGGACGCAAAGAAUGUCAACCUCCAAAGGACCUCCUCUUCUGAGUCUACAGAUUCAGGAUGCUGUAUGGAUUCACCAGUUCUCCUUGGCAUGAAAGACUUGGACGAUGAAACGUAUGUAGAAAAUGUGCCUCCCCAUUUAUGCUUUUGUGUGGCAACCUGGAUUGACCAGGCUGAGGGAUUUCCUUCCCGUUAA